AUGUAUGGAACUUUAGCCUCGUUCUCUGACAUUCCGAUCACUCAAAUCAAUGUGGCUAAAGCUGAUAAGUUUUCGCCUCAGGUACCCAUCGCGAGAGUUCAGACAAUGUGCAAACUACUCGAAGUCCUACUCACAAACCCGAACGCGCCUUCGAUGACUCAGGAAAAGCACAAACUGAAUCCGAUUCUUGCCAUGUCGUUUGUGUUCUCAUUGAUCUGGGGUCUGGCUGGUGGAACAAUCGAUGCCAACUGGGAUCAGGUGGAUGCGUUUGUCCGCAAUGUCUUCGAUGACGUUGGUGAUGCCAGGGUGGGUCUUCGUGUGUUAAUUAUUGAAAAGUCGGUUUUGUCUUUACCAUUACUCAUCAAUUUGACUUUUUUAGUAUGA